AUGUGCGAUGUUGUGCCAAUGCAAGCGGGGCACAUACUCCUUGGACGCCCUUGGCAAUUUGACCGAGAGGUGAAACACGACGGUAGGACCAACCAUUACUCAUUCGUCUUUAACAAGCGUAAGAUAUCGUUGGCUCCUCUUAGGCCGUCACAGGUUCACGAGAUGCAAGUUAAGCUCUCCAAAGAAGGAGACAACAACAAAAAACCGAACUUCUACAUGAAACCAAGCACGGAAGUGUUGAGCGUAGGUUCGGAUCAGAUUGUGUAUCCUCCGGAAAUUAAGAAACUCCUAGAGAAUUUUCAAGACGUUUUCCCCGAGGAACCACCUGCGGGAUUACCGCCAAUUCGCGGGAUCGAACACCAAAUCGAUCUUGUGCCGGGAGCACCUCUUCCAAACCGUCCCGCUUACCGUAUGAACCCCAAGGAGACUAAGGAACUCCAAACACAGUGCCCGUUCUACUCGUGCCAAAGAAGGAUGGGACAUGGCGUAUGUGCGUGGAUUGUAGAGCGAUAA